ACAUACUGAGAGCCCAGGAACGUCCCCUAACUCACUCUAGACCAAUCAGCAUCGAGAGUCUGGACCUGAAGGUGUGUUUAAGAAACAUGGGUAGAAUAUCAGGAAGCUGUAGACAACUCAGACUGAAGUUAGACUGGAGUGAACUAAAGCAAACAGUGGCCAUGGACAAACCAGUGUGCUUGAUUGACACGGCGUCUGAUGGGAAGCUGUGUGUCCAGCAGUCAGCGUUGCAGGUUCUGGAGCAGAUCCAGCAGCCCGUGGUGGUGGUGGCCGUGGUGGGUCUCUACCGCACCGGGAAGUCCUACCUGAUGAACCGACUGGCAGGGCAGCAAACAGGGUUUGCACUGGGCAGCACAAUCGAGUCCAAGACGAAGGGCAUCUGGAUGUGGUGCGUGCCUCACCCCACUAAAGCAGAAACCACUCUGGUGCUGCUGGACACCGAGGGACUCGGGGACGUGGACAAGGGGGACUCGAAGCAUGAUACCAAGAUCUUUUCUCUGUCUGUCCUUCUGAGUAGCACUCUAGUGCUGAACAGCCAAGGGACGAUCGACAACAGAGCUAUUGAGGAACUGCAAUAUGUCACAGAGUUAACGGAGUACAUCAAGAUCAAAUCCGACGAGGAUGAAGAGGACUCAGAGUUUGUCAAGUUCUUCCCCAGUUUCAUCUGGGCCGUGAGGGACUUCACCCUAGAACAAAAAAUAAAUGACAAAUACGUGACCGAGGACCAAUACUUGGAAUUUGCCUUGAAGCUGAAACCAGGCUCUUCAAGAACAGUCAACGAGUUCAACCUUCCACGACAAUGUAUCCGAAAUUAUUUCCCCACCCGGAAGUGUUUUACUUUCCCUUUCCCAACCGCCCCAGAGAAAGUGUCUCGUCUGGAGAGCCUGGAUCCUGCUGAGCUUUCCCCAGAUUUCCAGGAGGUCACGCAACGUUUCUGCAACUUCGUCUUUGACAAGAGUGAAGUGAAGAAGCUAAAGGACGGAUACACCGUCACUGGCAGAGUCCUGGGUCAGUUUGCGAAGACAUAUGUAGACACGCUGUCCAGCGGUAAGGUUCCAUUUCUGGAGAAUGCUGUGCUGGCGAUGGCACUGAUUGAGAACGAGGCUGCGCUGAAGCAGGGGCUGGAGGUGUACCAGACUGGAAUGGAGACGCUGAGGAGCUCCUUCCCUCUGGAACUGAAGGAGGUAUCAUCAGAACACCAACGUCUCAGCAGGACUGCAACACAGGUCCUAAUGAAGCGCUCCUUUAAGGACAGCGAGGGCACGUACCUGAAAUCUCUAGAGGAAGGCAUUAAUAAUCUCUUUCAUGGAUACUUGUGUCAAAAUGAAGAGGCUUCAAAGAAACGAUGUGAGAAUAUUCUGUCAUCCCUCUCUGGAACAAUGACAGAGAAGCUGAAGAAAGGAUCCUAUGCCAUUCCUGGUGGUUAUGUUCUCUUCUCCCAGGACCUUGAAGACAUUGUGAAGAAAUAUAAAAUACAAGCCCAUAAAGGAGUCAAGGCAGAAGACACACUUGAAGAGUUUCUGAAGCAGAAGUCGGUGGAGUCUAAAGCAAUUCUGCAGGCUGACAAUAAACUGACGGAGAAGGAGAAAAAAAUAAUGGAGGAAAGAGAGAAGGCCAUUCUCCUGGCUCAAGAAAUAAACACCAAGGAGCAGAAUCAGCGACACCUGGAAGAGAAGAUGGAAGCAGAUAGAAGGAGUAAUGAAGAGAGGAUGAGACAGAUGAGGGAGAAGAUGGAUGAGGAGAUGAGGCUUCAGAAAGAGGAGGCCGAGCGAGCCAUGGACAGCAAACUGAAGGAGCAGGCCGCUCUGCUGGAGAAGGGCUUUAAGGACAAGGCUGACAGGAUGAGCCAGGAGAUGGAGGAGUUCAAGAGGAAGAAUAAGAAAGCAGAGAAGGAAAAUGACGAACUGCUUAAAAAGAUGAUCGCGAACAUGAACAAACGACACGCUGAUACUAUGAAUCUGUUGAAGAAGCAACACAGCAAGCAGAUGGAGGCAAUCAUGAGCAUGCCGAAGCCAGAGCCCGAUCCCGGCUCUGUAAUCUUACGUCUGCUACUCGUUGGUCUCAGCAGCUUUGGCGGUGGCUCAUGUCCCCGUUAAAGCAGCCAUCUGUCCCUGGCAGACACUUUCAGCCAAAGCAAUGCACUAGUGAUGGAGGCUGCCAAUCAGGGUACCAUCCCCAUCAUCGGGAGCGAGUGGAGAUCAAUGUCUUCCCCAAGGAUCCUUCAACAAAUCUUCAAACUCUGAAACUUUUGAUUACAGGGGUGCUUCUCGUUUCUUCAGUUGUACAUGCUCAAAAAUCUUGCCUCAUCAUGGUGUUAUUAGACAACUGGUACAUCCUUCAUCAUAGCAGACUGUGUCUGGUUUAUGGGUAACAGGCUUGAGGAUGGAGGAGCGAGGACAUCAUCCGUUCGGAUAUUGAGUAGCACCUCGAGUCUAUUUCUUCACCUCAUACCUUCUCCAAUCAAACCCUUCCAAUCAGCUAAUGCACUGCCACGAUAUUUUCUGAUUAGAUGAAACAUUUUGUAAUCCUGUAAUUACUGAGUUUACUUUUUGAUCAAAAUAUUUACUUUUCUGUUUUAUAAAGCCAUAUGGCAGUGUCAGUCACUUUUCACUUCCAGAAGGUUGAAAGUCUGUGCUUUAGAUUACUUUAUUCAAUGUAUGUGUCGAGUUUUAAAAUACAGGUCACACUGAGGUGAUGUCAGGUCAAAUAAAAUACUCUACAAUA